GAGUUGAAACAUGAGCAAUGAGAAGCAGCAAUGGGACGACGCCUACUGUCUUGCUGAGGAGAUGCAUGAUGCAGGAAGACCGUUCAAACGCGAAGAAUUAAAUAUUGCUGAUCAGUUUAUAUGCUCUCGUUUCUCCACAAUCUUUGAAUAUGAUCCGUACAAAGACACAUAUGGUUUUCGCAAUCAAGAGCUAACGCAUGCCAUACCUGUAAAGUCAAAAUGCCGCCAUAUCAGUGAUGUGGAUAUUUUGGAGCUGAAGAAGAACACUGCCAACGCGGACAUCCGUUUCCCGUCCUAUUUAAAUAUCUGCCCGGUUUAUGCGAUGCACCCGUUUACCGUCUUAGCCUUCGAUCUGUCCAAACCCGUUCCGAUGGGAAUGAAUGCUUCAAUGGAAAACGCGGCACCAAACAUGAAGAGUCCUACUGAAGCCGAAAUCACCCCUGGCACCAUCUAUAUCUUCAAGCACCGAGAUAACAAGUGUUAUCGCUGCGUCAUCCUAUUUGAAGAUGGAGACAACAACGUUUCAGACGCUGAUCGCAAAUACAUGGUGGCAUUCCUUGAUACUCCUCAGGUCGUCUCGGUCAAACUGAAAACACUUUUUCAUCUUGGCAAAUUCACGAUCGAAUCCUAUCCUUGUGCUCUUUACUGUUGUCGAGCUGUCGGAAUUUUGGAAAUUCGUAAGGACUUCGGAGCAGAUUUGAAUGGACAGAUCAACGAAUUUUAUAAAGAUAAAGUCAAGCGAAAAUCUGGAGUUCAUGCACUCAUUUAUAAAAAGGAUGAUAGAGGAGAUAAGCUUAUCUUCGAUUGCCCUUCCAUUCUCGGAACAUCAAUGACAAUGGCACUUGAAAUCAAAGACGUUAUUGGACACCGAUCUGUUGCAGAAAAUGACCCCACGGCUUUAUCAUAUGACGAACUUGUUUCAAAACAACUGCCAACGGUGGAUAUUGAUGACCACAAUAGUUCGGUCGUGCUGGAUUUGGAAGAGAGUGUGAUUGCGCAGGAGCUCGGAAGUACCAAUGGUGCUGAUUGUCCAUGUAAUAAUGACAAUAUUGACGAUUUCAUGCAGUCACAAAGACAAAAUCCACUUGAUAACAAUCGUGACAAUUGGGAUCGUAUAAACGAGUCAAGAUCGAGCAUGCAAUCUUUUGCCAUCAACCAGUCCCAGGCUAUAACUGCGAAUCCGACUCCACAGCCAACAUUCGAUGAGUCUUCAGGAGAAGUCCAAACGAUUCCGGAAUCAAUCAACAACCUUGCAUUGAACGGAAGAUAUUUGGAAGAUGGGAGGGGUACCGAAGAAAUAAGAGAGGAGCGAUCUGUUGAAUCUCGCCAAAUCGGAAACCAGGUGGUUAGUCAAGCCAGUUGUAACUAUCUCGAGGCUCGACAAAAUUCAACACAGACCGCGAAUGCGGAAUCUGUUUGUGCCAUAAUUUCUGAAAGCCAUGCUGCUUUGCCGACGGAUAUUCAAGUUAUUCCUUCACAACAUGUGUUAAACGAAAACAAUCAUACAGUUCUUCCAUCAGUGGCUCCAAUAAUAAGAAAUGCAACCGGUCAUUCCCACAUAUUUGGCCGUCAAAUUCCAUCACCAGCUUUUAGAAGAGAGUCACUGAGUUCAGGAAAUUCAAUUCAAGUCGCAACAUUUGCUGCGACAACUGGACCGUGCGGAUCGAACACAUCUAGACCAACUGCUCAGAACACGGCGAACUCGAGCAUAAAUCAGGAUAUGAGCAUCUCGAAUUCUUCGACUAACGCUCGAUUGAUAACAAUUGCUCAAGACAAUUUGAACGACACUGAAAACUGGCCAAACUCUGAAAGAGAGCAAUCCGCAACUGAAAUGGAGAGCGGAGCAGAAGCAACAACAAAUUCUGCUGUUGAUGAGUUCGCGCAAGUAUCCGAUGAUAUGAAGGGCCUGGCAGACAGUAUGAUCAACUUUUUGCGACUUACGGCCAACUCAAAUAAUCAAGAUGCCUUCAAAGCCAACAUUUUCGCCAUGGAGCUCAUCUCCACUAAGAUUCCGAACCAGCUCACCAAACGCUUCUUUACGUUGAAAAUCGCAGAGGCGAAAUCACUGGCGGAAGGAUUCAAUUAGAGACAUUUCUUUAAUCGUCCCAAUCAACAAGCUCACUCUUCAACAGUUCGAGAUGCUCAACACGUGUGCUCAAUAUGUUCAAACGGGAUCACAGAAGCUCACUCGAGAAGCUAACUACGUUAUCACGGAGGUUAGAUGAUCCCUAUCUCGGCCACUCAACAUGGUUCGUGUCUACAUCGGUCGUUUCCCAAAUAGAGCAUCCGAUCAUGAUGCCGAGCACUUCUUCUGCGGAUAUGAAAAGCUGCCUGAUGCCAUAAUGAAGAACAUAUUUGGUGUUGGUUGAUUUUCAAGAUCGGAGCGAUGCUGACGACAUCAUUUUUGAUGAGCAGAGAAGAAUUUUGCUUGUGGAGAAGCUGAAGAACGCGAAGGAAUACCCAACAAUUAAUCACGAUUAGCUAGCUUGCUAGCUCACAGAUAUGGAAGCUCAAUGGCAGGUUGGCUCCGUGAUCGGCUGGUCCCUUCGAUGUCUGAUUGCAGUUCAUUGCUUCAGAGAGCAGCGGCGGAGUUUUAUCAAAAUAAGAUGAGCGAUCCGCUUUGCAAUUGGGAUCAAUUGAAUCCGGAGCAUGUCUCAAUGGUGGCCGCUCGAAUCGCCAAGUUUUCCAAGAGAAGUCGGAUCUCUAUAAUUCUAGUUUUGCAUUUAAAAAAUUUAUGAAUUUUCCACUUGUUAUUAUAAGAAAAAAAAAUGAAUCAAUUAAUUAAUUA